GUCACUUCAAUUGGACGCGUUCGAUGCUUAAACUUGUUGGUAUUUUUGUUUAUUAUUAGUGUAACUGCCGUUUGCCUUAGCAAUGUCGAUCAAUUUUGAAGAUAUUUUAAAAGUCAUAAACCAAUUCAUAAAUAUAAAGACUGAAAGACGUAUGUUUAUGUUGCACUAUCAGGCAUUGCGGGACAAACUUUUCGAAAAUCUAAAACUGCAAGAUCCGGUGUUUAAAAAGCUUUUCAAUGGGCAUCAAUUGCAAGGAAGCUAUGGCGACAAUGUCAAGGUGAACCACGCCGACGAAUAUGACUUGGUGUUUUUCUUAAAUUUUCCUGCAAGUGACGAAAUACUUGUCACAGAGGAUCCUGAUAUGCCAGGCAAUUUCUUUAUUGAUAUGAAAAACGUUUUGGAAGCAAUAAGAAAUCAAAAACAAAAUGCACUGGUUUAUGAAAAACUGCAAACAAUGACUGUGAAAGAGAACGACUGUGAAUAUUUGGAUGUAGAAAAACUGCAUUCUUGGCUGAAAAGUUGUUUCGACAAGGCACUGUUGGUGAUGAAAAGCGACGGGGAAGGAGUACCGUUUAAUUUAAAAUUCGCAUAUCAACGUUGUGGCCCUGCGCAUACAGUUACCGUUAGUGAACCGUGUACAUUUUCGGUGGAUUUUGUGCCAGGCAUAGUUUUGGGACCGAAACACAUUAUAAUGGCGAUGAGCACAGCCGAAUGGCAUGGUAUACCUAAGCCCAUAACGAAUACAAAAUCAUUUCGUGCCUCAUAUUAUGCGAUGGAGCAGGAACUUAUGAAGAAUAAGAAUAAUUUGAAAAAUGCAUUGAGAAUAAUGAAAAAGUUUCGUGAUAGCCAUCCAAAUAUGAACAAUUUGAAGAGUUACUACAUUAAAACGUUGUUUUUAUGGAAAAGCUCGCAGGUGGAGAAUCACUAUUGGGAACGCAGGCUUUGUGACUCCAUUAAAGAUAUGUUUUGUCUAUUGAAGUGCAGCUUAGAUGAAGGUCACUUGGGCUUUUUUUGGAACAAAAAGCUAAAUCUAUUCAACGCAUUGGAUGGCAAACAGCUCAGAGAGAUGCGUUGCUACAUAAAUUGUGUUUAUGAGGAAAUCUUGGUUGCACACGACAACAUGCACUUAUGCCAACCACGUGCGGAAAAGAUUAUCAAUUUGUUCUUGAACAGAGACGAGCGAAAGGAGUGUUUACCGUUAAUAGGUCGCCACAUCAAAACUAAACGUCAUCGUUUAGUCCCUGCUGCUUCACGCUUUAGAGUACCACCACCAUAUAAGUUCCCGAUGCCACAUUCUUUAAUCGGAGCUCCACAAUACUUUAGUUCAGAGGCUAUAACAGUACCUGAUGGACCUCUCUCGUUUGAAUUUUAUAAUUUGAAGGAACGUCCUACUUAUAUUUCUGAUGAUGGCGAACUCUUUUUGACGGAUUUACCUGAGGAGUACUUAAAAAGUUUAUAUGAACUCUUUGAAUACGAAGACCCUCUAACACACAUCGAGUAGAAGGUUUACCAAAACAACAACUUUUAGUCAUUAAAUUAUAUUCGUUGUAUGUUAAUAAUUUGUGCUGCACGUUGGAAUAUUUUUCAUGUCGCACAUCGAGAAGAAAAUUCUGUGAAAAUGUUGCUGUAUCCAAUGUAAAGGCACACAAUAUAAAUUAAUAUACACUAAAUUUACGGCAAACACUCA